UCUUCUAUGAGAUAUAAAAGACAGCGCUCAUAAGUUAUUCAUUUAAAACUUAGAGGAGAAUCAAGUAGCAUCGCGACUGCUACAAGAAAAAACCAAGGCAGGGUUUUUUCCUCCAUGGUCAAAAGGAAGAGGAAGGCCAUGGGAAAAUGUGGCGACUUUAAUUCCGAGGAAAGGGUCGGCAGAAUAUGGCUGCGCUGAAGCUGGGGCGAAGGAUGAAGGAAUGUGGGGUACGAAGAGGCUGCUGGAGAAGGGUGGAGUGGCCAAAGUGCUCAAAGACAUGAUCAACCAGCUGGUUGAACUUGUCUGUAACACAGAGUCUUCGGUCCGACAACUGUAUACCGUCGGAUAUAUCAUAUCAGGAUUGUCAAUGGAGUUGAUGGUGAUGGACUUUCCAAAGGGUUACAGUUGUCGCAUCGCAAGAUCCAAGCAAUACGAUGUUCCAAGCUCAGCGGAACAAGUCAAGAGCAAAUUGCUGCCCUUGAUGUCUGUCCUGAUUGCAUCGAAGUUGUUGGUCCUGAGGGUGAUGAAACAAUGGAAGGUCAUGUCGAUUCUAGCGCCGAAUUCAGAAGUUCAUUAGAGAACGCCUUUGUAGCUG